AUGCGAAGAGAUGAAUUCACGGAGAAAGUGGUCGUGUCACUUGUCUGUGUGACCAUAUGGUGUUUCUCACUUCAUUUCAUCUCUAGAAGUGUUAUGAGCCUUUCCUCCGGAGAGGAAAAGUACUUUCCGAAACAUAUGGUCAAUGACGAUAAGGCACUGAAUAGGUAUCGAUUGAAUAUCUCCGAGCAGAUCUACCGUGACGCUUUGAAAGGAUUCGAUCAUUUCAGUCCAUUGGAGAUCCGCAUCAUUGCUUCGGACCGGCGACAAGGCUACCUUCUGCAGUGGCAAGAUAAUAGAGAAGGUGGCGUGCAAUUUGGUGUUCCUGAAAUUGGUGUUGUCGCCUUCCUGAUCGACUCCUACCAGUCUCACAGACGACUAACGCCAAGUCUCGAGCUAUGUAACGUAGAACCGACUUCAUUCGAGGAACUAAGACGUUUCCAGCUUCAUAUACCGGUUCGAAUACUUAGUGGAGGUGGAUCGCGACAGUUACCCUUGAAUGCCACUAUAGCAAAAGAGGCGUCAGACUAUUGGAAGUGUCUAAAUCGAACGACGAAAGCAAGAUAUGUAAUGCUGCUGGAAGAUGACGCCCUUGUGGUUCCCGAAUUCGCCAGGAUGAUGACGUCACUUAUGAGGCAACUGGAUAGUCGACCUUACAUCGACUACGUGAAACUGUACCAUCCAAAUCCACUGCGCAAAAUGCCUUCCAUUCCGAUGGCCAUAGCUUUACCGCUGAUUUUUUGUUACACCUGCCAAAUUAUUUUCUUCCAACGGGUAUAUUUAUUAUGGUUACUGGUCACCUCCGCUCUCAUGUGUGCAAUUCUUCGCUCAUAUCACUACCAGCUCCUGGCCGAUGUGCGCUAUGCUAUCACGAAGUCGGUCUACAUGAGCUCAACUGAGUCCUGCUGUACGCCAGCGGUUGUGUUUCGAACGCAGAAAAUCAGGGAAAUCGUUUCCAAAUUAUCAGAAGUGUCCAGUAGACGAGCAUUCGACGGCCAUGCAAAGGACCAUAUCCUGGACGAAUCAGGGUUCGUCGGGCGGCAAACGGACACCAACCUCGUGGUUCAUAUAGGAGCUGUAAGCUCAGUGCGUAAACGGAUCGUCACUCUCAGUGAAGUUGUCGCAGCGAGAAAUCGCGACCACUAG